AUGGAUGAUUUUGAAGUGCUCGCAAUUGCAUGUAUAUCGCAAAUCAAUCCGCUCUGGCUGAUUCCUUCCAUUGUCAUCAUGGGCCUUACGUUGGUUUGCUAUUGUUAUCACUGCCAUCAGUGCAUCCGCGAUCGCCGAAGAGCUCGCAUCGAGGACCAGAAGGCCCUGUUGCCACUGCCCCUCAGUCGGCUGUCGAUCAUUCCCGGAUACAACGAAGUGGCCAGCACGAAACUGACGCACAGCCGGAACAGCGUGGACAUCUAUUAG